GGUCACCUGCCAGAUCGUGUCGAGGGGGACGGCCUGCGGGCGCUUGCGUGGGAGAGUGGCAAAUUGGCACUGGCAUCCGCACACCGCCUUGCAUAGGCAACACUUCUCCGUCGGCGUCGAGGACAACCUCGACCGACGCAGCUCUUUCACCUUAACCAUCACAUAACCGCCCUUGCGGAUUGUCUAGCUCUCGACUUCCGCCAUGGGUAUCUUACGGCCUGCAACACCAGGAUUCCUGGUCACUCUCAUCGCGACUGGCCUCCUCGCCGCCGUUACCUUCUCCGUUCCUUACAUAAAAUCCAUCUACUUUCUCAAGGCGACAAUCAACAUUGACAACACGAACGGCACGUUCACAUUCGGGACUCUGGGCUACUGUAUGGAGCUGUCAAAUGGGACGACAUGUUCGAAGCCGUCGGUGGGCUACGAGCUCGACGUGAAUUCCUUGCUCGGAGACAAAACCGCCAUUCAGAUCCCUAACGUGCUCGUCAAGUGGAUCACCUAUGCGCUCGUCCUACACGUCGUCGCCCUCAUCCUCUCAGCCAUCUCCGCCGUGUUCGGGCUCCUUGCGCAUGUCCGCGAGAUGUCCAUGGCGUACUGCAGCUCCUUCAUCUCCGGCUUUGCCGCGGUCGUCACGCUUGUUGCCUUCAUCUUCGACAUCGUCCUCUUCUACGUGACCAAGUCCCGCAUCAACAGCGAGGCCGGUGGUUCAUCUUCGCUCGGCCUCGGCGUCUGGCUCACGCUUGCAGCAUGGUUACUGCUCUUCUUCGCGGGCUGCUUCUACACUGUCGGACGAUGCUGUAUCAGGCGCCGUCCGUCAAGCUGGGUGAAAGGGCGGAAUGCUCCCGAGAACACAUAUGCAGAGCAGAUGCGCCUCGAUGCCGUCAAGGCUGAAGCAGAUCGCAAAGCCCGACAGAAGCAGGGCGAGAUUGGCUUGCCUGCAUUCCAGGAGAUCGACCAACUACAGCCCCUCGCGGGACACACGGACGAGGAGUACGUCGACGACGGCGACAAGAUCAUUCCUCUCUCUGACGCGCAGAACGCUGGCGUUGGUGGUUACAGGCGACAACCGAGCCAGACUAACCGUCAGUUCCCUGGUGGCUACGCGCCAGCACCAGUGGGCACGCGGGCGGUAGACUACAGCAACGCAUCUCCUGCGACAUCCACUGUCUACCCUCCCCAGUCUUCGCCGCAAAACCCCAGGAGGCAAGGCAGCGGACACACGCAGGGCACUUCUGGAUACGCUCCCUCGACAUACAGCAACUCUCCAGGUGUGGCAGGUGUGGGAGCCACCGCUGCAGGCGCCGGCGGUUACCUUGCCGCAGGUGGCUAUGGCCACACGCAGCAGGCAAGUGCUGCGAGCCAGAACUACGGACAUGGGCAAGGGGUUUCUUCGUAUUACCAAGCUUCACAACAGCCGUACAACUCGAAUUACUCCAUGCCGCGCACGGACACACCGUACGCUGCUCCCCAGACACAAACGUUCAGCCCUGACAACUACAAUAGCACGGGGUAUCUUCACGGCGCAGCGCCGACAACCACCUCGCCCCCGCCCGCCGGAGCGACUAACCCAUACUACAGUAGCCACUCGCCUGGGCCGCACCAGCAGGACCGCAGCUAUACGCUCGGCGGUGACGGGUACGGCGCCGCGCAUGACACGGCGUACUACGACCCGUACGCAUCGCACUACACAACACCCUCGCCCGCGCCACUAAACACGAAUGUCGCGCACGGGCAUCAAAUGCGCUCGCCGACACAAUUAUCGCAUUCGCCCGUCGGCAUGCCUGAGCCGCACGAGCACGAAGCGAGCUAUUCGGAUAGUCCGCCGAUGUACGACGCCGCCACGGCGCAGCCACCCGGGAUGUGGUCAACGAAGUCCGGGAACCGGUAGUACUUGACGCUACGUGCCUUCGACUGUCUUCUUCUCCUUGCAUUCGCGUUACCCCCAUCUUGCUCGCGGACUUACAUGAUAAUAUUUAUGGUUGUCACUUAAUGAACGAGGCUUUUAUGCAGCCGUCUCGUCGCUUCAAGCUCGGUCACGACACAAUGUAUUACUAGAAACGUGGAUCUCAUGAAAUUGGACAGUCCUACGACAGCACAGCG